AUGAGUCGAAUUGUAAUCCGCAGCCAACCGGUCAUUUCAGCGCUUCAUAAGCUGGUUCGGCUCGCAGUCAUAUGCCUCGUGGCGGCAUUCGCAAUCCAGAACUCUUCUGCCGAAGACGCGGAACUCACGGUCAUCGACAGCACCGACUAUCCCUGGCAUUCCAUCGGCCGUGUCAAUCGAGCGGGAUAUCGGUCGGUGUCGAGCUGUACGGGCACAUUGAUCGCUCCCAACAAGGUUCUCACCGCCGCGCACUGCAUUGUUUCCAGCAAGACCCAGGAAAAGUUGCCUGCCGACGAAGUCCUCUUCAUCGCCGGGGUCCGCCGGGACAAAUAUGCUGCCAGGCUGGAAGCCGAAUGCCUGCUGACAAUCGACGGCUACGUCGCCCGCAGCCGUCCGAAAGUGGAUGAAAUUCGCAAGGAUCUUGCCCUGAUCAUAUUGAAGGAACCCAGUACACUUUUCCCCUUGCCGCCUUUGACGCCGCAAGAAUCGAGGCGCCUGCGCAAAACGACAAGAUUCCUGUCCGUCGGAUAUCGUCGCAGCCGCCCCUACCUGCCGACCGUCGUCCCGUCCUGCUCGGUUCUCGGUAGCCAGGAAGAUGUCUGGGUAACCGAUUGCAACACCGAGAGCGGCGCAUCGGGUGGACCACUCAUGGUCAACACGAUUUUCGGGCCACGGGUCGCCGCGGUCAUGGCUGCCAAAAUAAACGAUGAACGCUCCAUAGUGGUGCCUUUUACGCAAUGGCAGGACCUGCUCCAGAACGCGUCCUGUGACGGGGCCGAAGAGACCGCGCCACCGGCAGCAGCACAAGAAACGCAAGAGCCGACAAACUGA